AUGUGGUGCUGCGAAGUUAACUUUUCUGUGUUUCAACACGUGCUGUCCUUCCUCCAGGGUUCGCCGGGAGACCUGCUUGCUGCCUCCCACGUGAGCCCAGGGUUCCGCUGCCAGUGCCUCGAUGAACUCUUCUUCAAGGAGCUCUGCACGCGCGGCUGGGCCGAGAGCGCGGCGCUGCUGCCGUUCUACGGCGACAGCUGGCGCCAGCUCUACCUGGAGGGCACCAGCAAGGUGAUCCCGCGCCAGGUGCAAGCCCACGCCGUCCGCCGGCUCGCGCGCCUCAAAGCCACCUUCGCCACCGACACCGACGCCACCGCUCACCUUCGGGACCGCCGCACGUUCUACGAGGGCCAGCUGAACACGGUGCUGAACCAGGUCUCGGUGGACCGGGCGGACGUGGCGGCGAAGACGGAGCAGGUGCGGGAGCUGCUCGCGCGGGCCAGGCGGGAGGAGGAACGCGACGGCCAGAGCGCACUGCACCUCUUUUGCCUCCACCACUUUGCUCUGCGUCUCACACACGUCGGGAGGGCGGUGGUGGCGCACCACGCAGCUACGGCCUACGCGUUCGCCGGUCUGGCCGUGGGCCUCUGCGUCGACGAGCCGCGCCUGGCGCGCCUGGUCCUGCUCCACUUCUACAACGCGUGCCCCUUCACCCUCCCCUACCACCCCACCCUCCCAGGCGACGCGGUGCGUCGGCGGUGGUUUCGUACGGAAGGCGGAGAGGGGGCGCUCGAGCUCGAUCAGCAGAGCAUGAGCGGUCUGGUGACCCUCUACGCCGCCUUUGUCCAAACUGAACCGCCCAAAGGCAAACGACAUCCGUACGGGCUUCGGCACGGGUGCGCGUGGCUGGUGCGGAUGCUGCACGAACCGCGCCACUUGCACUCGAUCUCUGCGCUCUUUCACUUUUGCUCGACCGCAAGCUUCGCUUUGAUCAAGAACGAGCCGCUCUUCUACCAAGGCUUCCUCGAACAGAUCAGAGAGUGGACGCACGCAGACGAGGAGCAAGGGAGCGACAGCACCGAAGCCAGUUCCCAACCGGGCCAAUGCGGCCAGUACAUGUGCCCCGGGUCCGGUGAUGUGUCGAUCCGCGCUGUGGGGGUGCGUCUGGAGACCGUCGUUGCCAACGCCGCGGCCGCGCUGGCCGGCACGCGAGGCCUCGAAGCGCCGGCCGGGUGGAGCCUCGACAUCUCCGACCGCCCCUCCAUCCUAUGCCCGGCCGACCCCGCACAACCGCAACGACCAACAACCAGAAUUAUAACAUAA